UUCAUCUUUUCUUCGGGAGCUCCAAUUCCUCGUGAUUCUGACAUUUUGGAUAGCUGUGGAAGGUCGAGUCGACCGGAGAAGAGCGCAAGGUUACCUACCUUAGUACUCUAAUCAAGCACACGCAGGCCGUCAAUGUUGUCCGCUUCUGCCCCAAAGGUACUACUAUGUUCUGUCUAUUCCACCUCAUCUUUUAGACAUACAUGUAUAUGAAUCUCAAUAGAAAAUUGACAUUGGUAUAGGAGAGAUGCUGGCAUCUGCCGGAGACGAUGGCAACGUUCUUCUCUGGGUUCCCUCUGAGACACAAACACAGCCGGCGUUCGGACAGGAAGCAUUGGACGAUAAGGAAACCUGGCGAGUGAAGCACAUGUGUAGAUCGUCAGGAGCAGAGAUAUACGAUCUAGCAUGGUCUCCAGAUGGUGUCUUUAUCAUUACCGGCAGCAUGGACAACAUUGCUCGGAUCUACAAUGCUCAGACAGGUACUGACUAACUAUACCUAUCCGUGACUUAUUGUAGAACAAUUCUAAUAGCUCCUUACAGGCCAGAUGGUUCGACAGAUUGCUGAACACUCUCACUAUGUACAAGGCGUUGCCUGGGACCCAUUGAACGAGUACGUGGCCACACAGUCUUCAGAUCGAUCGGUGCAUAUCUACGCUCUCAAGACAAAGGAUGGCCAAUUCACUUUGACAACGCAUGGAAAGUUUUUGAAGAUGGACCUUCCAGCGAAACGGGUAGCUUCAAGCAGCCCGGUGCCCGACUUUGGUGGGAACAGGGUUCAAUCGACCUCGGGAAACCCUAUGACUGUGUCCUCCCCUGGUGCUUCAACGCCAGGCACUCCCCUGACGGCUCCUCUACCCAUGGAUCCGCCACCUGUGUCUCUCAGCCGCCGUUCCUCAUUUGGCUCUUCACCCUCAAUCCGCAGGUCAGCAUCUCCAGCACCUUCUAUGCCGUUACCCGCCGUGAAGCCCCUCGAAGCUGCAUCUCCGGGACUUUUUGGUGGAAUCGGCGUGAAGAACGCUAGCAUUUAUGCCAACGAGACCUUCAACUCUUUUUUCAGACGCUUGACAUUUGCUCCAGACGGCAGCUUGCUCUUCACGCCAGCCGGACAGUACAAGGUUUCCCUUGCCGGACAGAACGAUAAGGUCGUGGAAGAUAUAAUUAACACAGUCUAUGUCUACACCCGCGCUGGUUUCAAUAAACCGCCGAUAGCUCAUCUCCCAGGCCAUAAGAAACCGUCUGUUGCUGUUAAAUGUUCCCCAGUAUACUAUACAUUGAGGCAAGGCACCAAGCCCACUCGCCAGAUAUUUUUGGAUUCCUCAUCCGGUGAAGAGGCAUUCCCAUCUCUCCCGGACUCUGUUAUUUCUCAGCCAGCUAUGGAGCCUCCAUCCAGUGCUCCACCUUCAGCCACCAGCGAGACGGCACGUUCGUUUCCUCAACUGGGAACGAACGAAAAUGACACCGGCUCACAGAACGCCCCUAUUCCCCCAGUAUUUUCGUUGCCAUAUCGCAUGGUCUACGCUGUUGCAACCCAAGAUGCAGUUCUGGUAUACGAUACGCAGCAGCAGACACCGCUUUGUGUAGUAAAUAACCUGCACUUUGCUACCUUUACCGAUCUUUCCUGGUCGCACGACGGGCUUACCCUUAUAAUGAGUUCCUCUGAUGGAUUCUGCUCAUCGCUCUCCUUUUCUCCCGGAGAACUAGGCCAGGUGUACACUAUGGAGAAGCCACAUCCGAUCUCAUCUAAUGUGGGAGUGUCCUCGAAUGCCCCCACUGUUCAGUCACCAAUUUUGACUUCUCCCCGCAAAAAUUCCGCCGGCAAGGCUUCUUUAGCGGCAAUUGGUACCCCGGCGCCAACCCCAACCGCAGUCCCUGCCCGUGCAGCUAGCUCUGGUCCAGCCACACCUUCUUCGGCCACUUCCAAGGCAGGUAAUGUUGUGAACAACCCAACUCCUAUUCUUGGCACUGUACCCUCAGUCACCGCCACGAGCUCUAGCCAGCCCUUUAGUACGCCACCGGAAACCCCCAUGUCGUCCCAUAGCGCUACCAAUUCCAUUAGUGGAAGUGUCUUGGGGAAGCGAGAUAUAAGCACGGUUAGCGAAUCAGAGAAAGAAGACUCUCACGACAAGGACGAAGACGACCAAACAGGAAACAACGCCGCCCAACGAGAGCCAAAGAGAAAACGAAUUGCACCAACGCUGGUUUCUUCUGCAAGCUCAGGGAUGCCAAACUCAGAAGACUCCAAUAAACCGUCCAGCUAAAGAUAUGUGAGCGGGAACGCCUUCAAAAGAGUUGUGCUUUUCAAUCCAAGACGGGGCAAAAUUGACUAUAAAGAAUUGAAUCCACACCUCACUUGGCCUCCGAUACCCCAAUCACCUCUUGGCUCCUUAUAUUGGCCCUUCCCAGCCAACCAUUACGUUCUAUUAUUCUGUCUUAUCUUUGAUUCCCCUUUUCCCUGCUUCUUCUUCACCUUGUACAUAUGAGGGGGUGCUAUCGGGUCGCUCCAUCUCACCCCGGCCCAUUUUCUUUUUCUCUUUGUUCCUUUUAUCUGCCUAUACUCUCUCUACGUCACGGCUCUCACUUUUCCAUCAUUAUCCAGAGUGCUUGAAACUGGCAUUCCAAGUCUCAUCUAUCUUACUUCUAUAUCAUAAUCCCUAUUACCUAUGAUAUAUCUUGUUUGGAGAAAUCUUCUCUUAUCCUUCCACCUCCCUUUUUUCAUUACCAUGUUUGACUACAGUGAUGCUUUAUCCUUUUCCUCUUUUUGACCACCCCCAGUUUCAUUCUCAUGCUUCGCACUUCGUCUGCUAUUUUGAACCAGUCCGUCUUGUAGCGGAAGCAGAUGGAUGGCUGCCCUCUUCUCCGGGGAGUUGGAUUUGUUACCAUUGGAUUAUUUUAUGUAGGAAAGCUGCAGCCUUGGGGUUGUCACUACAGGUUACCUCUAGUUAAUGCUAUUACGUAUCUUUUGAUAUGAAUGUAUGCCUUUACAAUCUUUAUUUACUGGACAGCGGACGAGGGCGAUUGGUAUUCAUUGAAGAACGGUGUAAAUGUAGUUAACUAUGACUUCUUCCGCGUGGGAUCAUCAACGCACCUGCUUCUACAUCAAAAGAAAUAUUACCGGAAAGGAGCAAGAGUUAAGAAACGAAUCUUCUUUUUUC